CAACACUUUUCUUAAAACAGCUGAUGCAGCGGUGAAAUUCUUUUUGUUUAUUUAUUUUGGUAUUUAUGCAAAAUUUAAGCAUUUAAUUAAACUUUUUGAAAUGGAUAUAAGUGCAGAUGUGGCUGCCAUUAUAAAGCAGGCGCCGGAUUGGAAUUUUGCAGGUGAUUGUGCGCUGCUGGAGCUGAUGAAACGGAUUUCGCAGAAUCUACAAGAACGCGGCGAACAAACCAGCAAUAAUUUAAAUGCAUUCGAAACGAAUGUAAGGCGUGCGGAUAUUGCAUUGGAUAAUGCCACAAACAGUUUGCGAUCCUUGCAAUUUGGCCAACAGUUUGUGGAGUAUCGAGUGGAAGAAGUGGACGACGAUGACUUUGCCAUGCCCGAAGAGCUCAACAGGAAGCCCGAGGUGCCGCCGAAGAGUUCCCAGGAGAUGGCCAAGGAGUUUCUGCAGAACAAUUUGCAAAUGUUUCGCAAGAACUUCGAACCGGUUACCAUUGAAGUGCCCGACUCCGAUGAUGAAGAUGGAGCUCUGAAUACAACGACUGUAUUUCGUGCCAAGAAUCCUUACGAUGUCAUACCCUUACCCUAUAUUAUUGGCUCCAAGGAUUGGCAGGAGCACAAAUACGCCGGACUCUAUGACAGCGCUGAGAACAGCGAGGACGAGCAGCCGGAGCAGUUCUCCUCCAGCUCAUCGGAUGAGUUGGAGGCUGAGAAUGUGACUGAGAAGACAACGUCAAAGCCAAGUCUGAAAAUGGAGACACCACAACAAUCGGACUCCUCUUCGCUGGCAUCGCUGCCAAAGGAACUGCCUCAUCCUCCUCCAGCUCGAGCUGCUGUUCCUGUUCCCGUUCCUGUAAUAGAGGCAGUGGCUCCAAUCAAGGCACAACCACGUCCGAUUAUCAGCAGCCAUAGAAAUCCGCAUGAGCGUGAUUUAUUUAAUGCAUUGAGAGCGUCUCCGCCUAGCGAUGAUCCGCCUUCGACUUCAUCCUCGCUUAAUUCUGGCAUGGGAGGAGCAACUGCAUCCAGAUUGCCACAUGUGGAUGUCUCACUCAGUUCCAGCAGUAGCAACAGCAAUGUGAGACAAUCUCCAGUUAAACUAUUUGAGGAUGCCAUCACAGUUGCUCCAGUUCCCGCUCCAACUCCCAUAUCCAUUCCAACAGUGAUUCCCACUGCUCUUAAAGAGGAAACUGUAGUCAAAGCUUCACCUGCUGCCAGUCAAAUCAAACGCAAACCUGUAAAUCUCUUUAAUGAUGAUGAGUUUAAUUCGUUCAUGUCGGAAAUUGUGGACAAGGUGCAGUCCAAAUCAAGCAAGGAGUCCACUCAAGAGUCCUCCAAAGCCACCAAAAGCCUUAAUCUCUUUGAUGAGAGUCCACCAUUGACUCCAAAGACAACUCCUGCAGUUAAGACUCUGCCCACUUCCAUUUUUGAUGACAAUCUGGAGGAUGAUGAUGAUUUUCUCAGCUCCUUUGCCUCCAAGGCGAUGCCGAAGCCACAGCCACAGACGAGGGCAACUACAUUAUUUGAUGAUGACGAUGAUGAGUUGGACAUUAAUGAUAUAUUCAAGAGUUCCAAGCAGCCAAAGGCUGAAAGCAACUUAAAGACAAAAAAUUGGUUGUUUGAUGAUGAUGAUUUGGAGGAGAAGGAUAUAUUUGGGUUAAGUCAGAACAAACAGGAGAAAAAGAAGCGGGAGCAAAAGAGAAAGGAACAGGAUGAGUAUGGAAAGAAGGAGGCGGAAAACAAGGUAAAAUUGGAGCAAGAGGAGAGAAAACAACAGGAGAAGAAACAGGAGCACCAAGUGGCCACCAGUAUACCACACAAAAGUCUCUUUGAUGAUCUGGAUGAUGAUGAUUUGUUUGGCACACCAAAAUCCAAACAGAAUUUGUUUGAAGAUGCGAAGAAGACAAGAGAGGAGCUUAAGGCAGUGGAGGAAAAAGAGCUACCGGAAGAUAAGGAUGUGCCUGUAGUACCUAAAGUGACCAUACCAGACAAACCAAUACUAAACGAUGAAGAUCAAGCCAAGAACAACUUGAUGACAACUGAAAGAGAAGCCUUAAAGAAACAAAACUCUCAACCUAAAGCAAAACUAUUAAGCGAUGACUUUAGCGAUGAGGAAUCCAUCAAAGAAACAGAAGAAAAAGCCACAGCAACAAUUGAGAUUCCAAAAGAUUCUCAGCAGCCAAUUAACAAAAUGGAAGAAGUGGAAAUUAAAAAUAAAUCAGAUUUAUUUGACAACUCAAGGAAAGAUCCGACAGAGCAAGUGCAGCAGGAUCCCAUACUCAGUCUGGUGGCAGACACAGUCAGCAAUAAGCAGCUGAUGAAAAAUGCAAACCAAGAGAAUCCCCGAAAAUCUGAGGAAAUUGCAAUUGCCCAACAAAUGUUGCAGAAUUAUUCGAGUUUGUUUUCGGAUGAGCCGCCAGAUGAUAGCGAAUUCUUUCAAUCCUUGGGCUCGAGCAGCUUGAACAGCUUGAGCAACUCCAAGAUGUUUGACCAGGAGCAGGACUUCUUUGAGCCCAGUUUGCCGGAUUUACCCAAAGAUGUGGCCAAAGCAAAUGUGGAAACUGUGGAAGAUUAUGGUGGAUUGCGUUUGUUUAGUGAUGUGCCGCCCGAGGAUGAUGGCGAGGAGGAGCUACCCGCUCCCAAGACAGCUCCCAAGACUUCUCUUCCUGCCACCACACGCAUACAUACCAUUUUCUAUGAUGAUUUCAGUGAAACUGCGAGGGCACAGAAUGUUCCUGCGACUCCAGCUCCAAGCCAAUCCCAGCCAGCUGCCGCUGAUGUUGUGGAUAGAAGUGUGUCCAAGACCACGCCCAUAUCGCCCAUAAAGAAGCUGCAAAUGCCCAAUAUUAACAUAAAUGUGAAGGCUUUGCUGCCUGGAGCUGGAACUGGAGCUGUAAGCAAGUUGGCCAAGCGGCAAAAGGAGGAGCAGGAGCAGAAGAACCUGAAGCAGGAACAGCAGCAGCAAAAUCAGAAGCAGGAGCCGAAGAAUCGAGAGCAGCAGCAGGAAAACCGGGAGCAAGAGCGGGAACAGAAGAAUAGGGAGGUGAAAUCCGUCGCCAGUGAUGCAGAUAAAAUUUUACAGUGCAUUGGCAAGACACGAGCUCGUGGUCCUGCCCAUCGUCGUCCCUCGACGCGAAGGGCGCGUCAGGAGAACUAUGCCAAAUCCUUGCGGGAGGAGGUGGAAUCCACCAAAGGAACAAUUGAUGCAACACCCGCCACUGCAAACUUGAAACAUGAGCAGAAGCUGGAGCAGAGUGCUCCAUUGAGUUCAGAUAUCUCCAAGAAAGCAGCUGCUUCUAAGCUAACCGCAUCCCGCAGUGAAGCAGCAUUUGUGGAGAGUGAUGAUGAUGAUGAUGCACUCUUCAAGGUGCCAGCAGUUUCCUCAGCUGCUACUCCAAAUGUUCCCACAACAACUGCUCCAAUUGCAUUGCUGUCCACUCGUCCUCCAGCGGAUGAUCAGCAAUCUCGUGGCAAGACCAUAACAAAAGUGGCGGCUUCAUUUUUGGAUAGUGAUGAAGAUGACAGUGGCUUGCUCUUUACUCCAGCAAAUGCAGUCAAGAAACAGGUUUCUUUCUUGGACAGCGAUGAGGAGAUUGAGAAGAAUACUACAUUAUUUAAGCCAGCAAAGAUUCAAGUGGAAACCAAGGCGACAGCUGCCACAGUGAUUGCUACUGAGUCCCCACUACCCAGCCAGAAAGCUCUAGAAGAUCAGGGAACAAGUAAAUCAUCAUCAUUAUUUCUGGACAGCCAAGAGGAUGUUGAUAAUCCAGAGAAGACUCAAGUGGAAACCAAGUCCGACCUGGUUACUCCAGUUGCUCUGCCCAGUCGGAAAUCUCUAGCAGAUCAGCAGCAAAAGAAGUUGCCUUCAUCAUUUCUGGAUAGCGAUGAGAAUGAUGAUGAUGAUAAUUCACUCUUUGGGCCAUUAAAAAAGCCAGUGAAAUCUGCAGAAGCUGAGCUGAAGAUCAGUAAAGGAGAACAAUCGAAGGAGCAGCAAAUAACCAAGCCAACAACUGCGCCAGUUGUCAAGCAGAAUGAAGUCAAAUCUGUAACAGAUCCAGUCAGAAAGUAUGUUUCCUUCUUGGACAGCGAUGAGGAUGAUGUCAAGCAUCCGCCUCCUCAGUUUAAUCCAGCAAAGAUUCAGCCGCCAGAGACAAAGUCAAAGGCAAUCCUGGCCAGCAAACUCUUUGAUGACAGCGAUGAUGAUGAUGAUCUGUUUGGCAAAGCGAAUGCUCCUCCCACCAAACCCAAAUCAAAGCCAGUUGCCAAGCCAAAAGCUUCCUUGUUUGCAGACAGCGACAGUGAGAAGGAAGCGCGGCCCAAAGUGUUGAGCAUUAAGGCCAAGUUGCCAGCCAAGUCAAGCAAAAGUCUCUUUAGCGAUGAUGAGGAUGAUGAUGAUCUGUUUGGAGGAGGAGGCGGAACAAAGCGAGCUGCUGUAAGCAGUCAGACAAAGACCGCCAAUCUGCCCAAGUCUUCAAAUCCCGGCAAGACUGCAGUCAAGUCGCUGCCCAGCUCUGGAAAUUCGGAUAAUCCGUUGGCGGAUUUAUUGGGUCCUUAGCUUCAAAUUUGGAGUAACGUUGGCCAGUAAAUCAUUAUGUUUAGUAAAUUGGCGUCACAAUGUCACAAAAAAAAAAAGUACAGCAGUUUCGCUGCUUCGAGUCGAGGCGCUGAACACACCAGUAAAUUUUGCUAAAAGUGAAACAUUUCAUUACAUUUUAUUAUAUAUUUUAUAACUUACAGUAUGUAUUUACAGUUAUUCAUUUAUUGUUGUUACCAAUUACACGUAAUUACACUAUGCUACACAAAAA